AUGAACUUCAAGACCCCUCCCACGAUCCAGCAGCUGGCAAAACAAAGCCUGCUGAAAGAUGAAGCCUUGACAGUCUAUGCUCUAAAAGACAUGAAAGAGGAGCUCUUCCCACCACUCUUCAAGGAUGCAUUUAGCAGCAAACAACAUAACAUCCUGAGGCAGAUGGUGGCAGCCUGGCCCUUCCCAUGCCUUCCUGUGGGAGCUCUGAUGAAGACUCCUGACUUAGAGACCUUGAAGGCUAUGCUGGAUGGCCUGGAUUUGCUGAUGAGACAAAAAGUUCGACCCAGGAGGUGGAACCUACAAGUGCUUGAUUUACGAGAUGCCAACGAUAAUUUCUGGAAUGUGUGGGAUGGAAUAGAGGAUGGUGCCUGCCCUCCAGACUUUAGCGAGACACAAUUAUUGAGGAAUCAUCCCAUACAAUGGGGAACACAGGCUGUGACUGUGUGGAUAAACCUUUAUGUGAAUCCCAGGCAUACAAUUGAAUACAAUGAAUAUUUUUAUGAGUGGGCAAAGAAGAGAAAAGAUGUACAGGUGAACUGUCAGAAGGUGAUGUUUUUGCCCAACCCUUACUACAACCCCUGGCAUCUUCUGGAAAUAGUUGAGCCAAGUUCUAUCCAGGAAUUGGAAGUGUAUAAACACUUCAACCUGGACACUCUUGCAAUGAUAGCCUCUGACCUGGGCCAGAUGAGAAACCUUCAAAAAUUCCUUCUCAAUAAUGUCCACAUAUCUUUGGAACAGUCUGGAAAUAAAGACAUGGAAGACCGGUGUAUAAGAAUGAUCAUUCCCCAUUUCUCCAAACUCCACAAGCUCCAGCAUCUCUAUUUGAAUGACGUCUGCUUUGUGAAUGAACAUCUGGAUGAAGUGCUCAGGUGCUUAGAGAAUCCCUUAGAGACCCUUGCAAUCACUCGCUGCAAGCUGUCAGAAUCAGAUAUGAGGUGUCUGUCCCAGUGUCCAAGAGUCUAUCAGCUCAAACACCUGGAUCUGAGUGGCAUCGACUUUAUAAAUUUAAGUCAUGAAUUUCUAGGAAGACUUCUAAAACGACUGACAGCUACACUGCAGAAGCUAGAGUUGAAGGGCUGUAUGAUCACGGACUUCCAAAUCGAUGUCCUCCUGCCUGCUCUGAGCCAAUGCACCCAGCUCACUGAGGUUGAUUUUCAGAUGAACUUCUUAUCUAAGAACAGCCUGGAGAAGCUACUGCAGCACACUGCCAACCUGAGACAGCUGACCAAGGAAAUGUACUCUGCACCCUAUGAGGUCUAUGAUGAAUUAGGUAAUGUCCUCCCACAAAAAUUUGCACAAUAUUGUUCUGAGCUAAUGGUCACACUCAAUGUUAUACGUCAGCCAAAAGAGAUCUGCUUUGUGAGUAACAUUUGUGCAGGUUGUGGAGGACUCUGUGUCUACAACAUGGAGGCCACACUAUGUUUCUGUUGGCAACGAGAGUGGUCACUUCUGGACUCUGAGAAAGGAAAGCCAGAACUCAAGUGA